AUGGCACAAAAAUGGCAUCAAGAAAGCCCGGUCACAAGAUAUGAAUCUCUUAAGGGGGUGGACCCCAAGUUCCUGAGGAACAUGCGCUUUGGCAAGAAGCACAAGAAACGCCUGAAGAAGACGCAGGCAAACAACGCAAAAGCAGUGAGUGCGCGAGCAGAGGCCAUCAAGAUCCUUGUGGAGCCUGUGGCCGUUAAGCCCAAGAUGCUGAAGGGCCACCGCCGCAAACUCAGCCUUCUGGCUUUCAUCGCUCACCCCAAGUUUAGGAAGCGGAUUCGAAGCUACACAGCCAAGGGUCAUAGGCUCUGCCGACCAAAGCCCAAGAUUCAAACCAAGACAGAGGCCGCAGCUCCAGCUAAGGCCCAGACUUCACCCCCAAGCUUAGGCUCCCAAAAGUGCCCAGUGGAGGCCCCAUAG